GAUAAACUGUUAAAACAAUUAAGUUAAUUUAUUACACGUACAAACGAACUAGGAACUGAUGUGAAUAGUACUAUAUUAAUUUUUAAAAAAUUUUCUGUUCUUAGCUAUGAUACCUUGGCUGAUCCUAGUCUUCGCAACCUCAGCAGUCGUAGGUUCAUCUCAGCGGAUAUCAGUUCCUGACAUAUUACAACCACCAUGGGUCCCUGUUGAAGAGGAAACAGAUGUAGAAAUCAUCGACGUGCCUACAUUUCAACGAGGUGCCGUCGAAGAUCCACCGAUGAUCGAGGAUUCGUUGAAGGAUUCAGCCAUCAACGCGGAAUAUGGUUCUCACAGAUUUCCAUUACGUGAUGCGGUCGAAGCAUUGCCCGCAAAUAAGAUCGAUAGCCAAGUCACCAGUCUGCCUUUGCAGAAUUCCAAAGAUGGCCGAGUGCCUUUAAGGGACGCUGUGGAACAUCGAGAAGCCCCCUUCUUUGGCAACGUCGAUCAUGAGUCCAUUUGGAUCGAGCCAUUAGCACCACCGAUCUUAACAAGAAUGGGACAAAUAGUGAAUCCAAAAGUGGUAUGUCAUGUGGACUCAAGUGCGGUGCAUAGGGUUGAACCGUUUUCUUUGUUUCCACAAUCGAUACCAGACCAUCGAUGCAGUCAUUUAAUUUACGAUGCCACCAUUUUGGAUCCGGAGCAAUUAAUCAUUAUCUCGAAAGACCAUGAAUACGAUGAGAUCAAGGGUGGAUAUAAGGCGAUAACGGAACGUCGGACGAGAGACCCAGCAUUGCGAAUACUUGUCUCAAUUACGGCCCCAGACCAGGGUAAACUAUUUUCUGAGCUGACCAAGAACCAUUGCACCUUCCACUGUGAAAAAUUCGGGAAGUCUAUCUUGAAAUUUCUUCAAACACACGACUUCGACGGCAUAGAAAUCAAUUGGGGAAGCUCGGCAGAUCGUUCAAACGAUUUGAAACUUUUGUUAAAAGCAAUUAAAAAAUCUUUUGGUAAUCGGGAAUAUAUACUUGCUGUGGCUCAGAGGCCAGGUGAUUCUGUGGACGUAGAAAUUAGUUCGCUGGCUGAUUUGGUGCUUCUGAAAGCGUGGAGAGACAAUCCUGUAUUUAGAAGGGAAAAAUUGGCUUUCCACCCUGCGCCGUUGAAAUACAUUAUUCAAGUGACUAAUAAAUGGAUCGAUCGAAUACCGAGAGAGCACAGGACGAAAAUCGUUCUUGAACUACCUAUAUUUGGACAUCGAUAUACUUUGAAAUUUGGGAACUUUACGGAUGCUGGUGCACCUGUUAUUGAACCGAACAUUCAAGAUGUAUAUAGUAAGCAAAAAAGUGGAAGGAUGGCUUAUUAUCAGAUUUGCGAAAAAUUGGAAGAUAGAUCGUGGACCUCCGGAAGAGAUGAGGAAGGUCCUUAUAUAAAACGUGGAGAUCAAUGGAUUGGUUACGAGGAUCCAUUAUCAGUAAAAAUCAAAGUAGCUUACGUUAGAUCGAUGAGACUCGGCGGAGUUUCUUUGUGGUCUCUCGAUUUGGAUGAUUUUCAAGGUAUUUGUGGGGAUUCGUGGCCUAUGUUAAACGCUGCAACAAAAUCGAUAGGCUUUUAUGAUGAGUCACAAUUGACAAAAUGUUCUACAGACGGUCUUUCUAGAGAUCCAGAAAAUUGCUCGGGAUUCUAUUCUUGUUAUAAUGGUAUACAGUAUCAAAGCCUAUGCGGACCUGGAAGAUUCUUCAACUCGGUUACUAAUCGCUGUGUAAAAGCGAGUUUCGAUGUUUGUAAAUCAGGACAGUUUGAUAAAAUUCGAGAGGAUCCGUACCAGACUGAAAUAAGAGAGACACAGGAAUUGCAACAAUUAGAAAUCUCCUCGGUAAAGGGUCCGCGCGUAGUUUGCUACGUGACUUCAUGGUCGCUAUAUCGAAAGGGAGAUGGACUAUUCGUUCCAGAACGACUAGACUCCCGCUUAUGUACUGAUAUAAUUUACGCCUUUGCCGGAUUGAAUCCAGACACGUUACUUAUUCAACUAUUGGAUCCCUGGGUCGACAUAGAAAACAACUUGUAUGAACGAGUUAGAAGGAUAAAGGGAUCAAGAGUGCUAUUAGCUAUUGGAGGUUGGACAGAUAGUAGUGGUGAUAAAUACUCCCGUUUGAUAAGCAGCGGUGUUGCUCGUCGUAAAUUUGUUACAGCUACGAUCAAUUUUUUGAAAAAACAUGACUUUGACGGUUUGUCCUUUGAAUGGAACUAUCCAAAAUGUUGGCAAAGUAAUUGCAAAAAAGGACCUGAUUCCGACAAACCCAAUUUCACUAAAUUAAUCCAGGAACUAAGAAAAGGAUUCGAUCAACAGGAACCGAGAUUUACGUUGGCUGUAGCAUUUUCAGGCUACAAAGAAGUAAUUGAUAGAGCCUAUGAAGUCCGCGAGGUCUCAAAACUGGCGGAUUUCGUGUCGGUAAUGACGUACGAUUACCAUGGUGCAUGGGAAUCUAGAACAGGACAUUUAUCAGCUUUGUUUGGAAACUCUGCUGACACUAACCCGUACUAUAAUGUCAAUUCCACGAUGGAGUAUCUACUUAAUCUUGGAGCAGACAAAUCGAAGCUUUUGGUAGGCAUACCUUUAUAUGGACAAACUUAUCGGUUGUCUAAUGAGAGUUUAACAAGUCUUGGUGACCCAGCGACUGGACCUGGAACUGCCGGAGAGUUUACAAAGCAACCUGGAAUGCUAGCCUAUUACGAAAUUUGUGACAGAAUCAAGAACAAAGGGUGGAAAACUGGUUUAGGGCCAAGUGCUUACCGGAAAGAUCAAUGGGUAAGUUAUGAUGAUCGGGAGAGCAUAUUCGCAAAAGGACGAUAUAUUUUACAAAGUGGCUACGGUGGAGCCAUACUGUGGACUGUGGACUUAGAUGACUUCUUGAAUCGUUGUUGUUCCGAGUCAUUUCCGUUAUUAAAGAGUAUAAACCGUGCACUAGGCCGUUUAAAGAGCAAGUCUUCUGAAAAAUGUCAACGACCACCAGAACCAGUUACACCACAACCUCCAACAUUAACAACUCAUAGUGAUGCUGUAGAAGACACUCCUAAACCAACUACCCCGAUGAUUAAACCAACCACGUGGCCAUCAUGGACUGAGAAACCGACUACAAAUACUCAACAAACGAGUACAACGUGGCCAACUUGGACUUGGAAACCAAGCAAUAAACCAGACACAACAACUAGGAGUAGUACUAUGUCAUCUUGGACUCAACCAACUAGCACUGUUUCUGUUACAUGGAGUUCAACAAAAAUACCAACGGAAGAAUUAACAACAGAAGCCACGGAAGGUGUAGAGAAGCCAACAGAGGUCUCAAAACCAGAAACAUCGUGUAUGAUAGGAGAAUAUGUGUCAGACCCUGGAAGGUGCAAGAACUACUUUAGAUGCGUGUUAGGCGAAUGGCAACUCGAACAAUGCGCGCCAGGAUUGCACUGGGACGCAAGACGAAGUAUUUGCGACUGGCCAGCUGCGGCAAAAUGUCAAAUGGAAAAUGGUUUUGUAACUCAAAAACCAUCAUGGGUCACCAUAAAUACCACCACGACUACCACAAAGCCGCAAACCACAUCAUUAGUGUGGUCUUCCUCGAAAGCUACCACACAGAAACCAACUUUCACAGAAGAUCCUAAUGAGAAACCAGAAAAAAAUUGUGUACACGGCCAGUAUUACUCCUAUCCAGAUUCCUGCACCAGUUUCUAUAUUUGCGUGAAUGGAAAUUUGAUUUCUCAACAAUGUGGACCAGGAUUGAGUUGGAGUAAGGAGAAAAACAUGUGCGAUUGGGCUUUUAAGAACCCUUGUAUCGAGAAGCCGAAGAAGACAGCCUCAUUAGUUGCUUCCGAUGUCAAAUCUACUCCAUGCACACCAGAUAGCUACUCCAGCGUUCCAGGAGACUGUGAAAGCUUCCAAGCAUGUUUAUGGGGUCGCUAUGAAGUGUUCCGUUGCGCUCCGGGAUUACAUUUCAAUCAAAGAACUCGAAUAUGCGACUGGCCAUCCAGGGCUAAUUGUCAAGAUAAUUCUGUAUCAACAGAUAAUCAUGAUUUUGAUACAUCUAGCGGUAAACCAAUGAAUGAUCCAUCAAUCACCGAAAAGCCUUGGGAUAUGAGUACCACUCAGACUACAACAACCUUGUCAUCAGCCGUAAUAGACCCCGAGAAAACUUCUCCACUAUCUGGACAUUACAAAAUUGUGUGUUACUUCACGAACUGGGCUUGGUAUAGACGAGGAGUCGGACGUUAUAUUCCUGAAAAUAUCGAUCAUACUUUGUGCACUCAUAUCGUCUACGGAUUUGCAGUUUUGGAUUAUUCAGAUUUGAUUAUUAAGGCUCAUGAUUCUUGGGCCGAUUACGAUAAUCGUUUCUAUGACCGUGUAGUUGCGUACAAGAAACGAGGACUGAAGGUGUCUCUCGCUCUCGGAGGCUGGAACGACUCAGCUGGCGACAAAUACAGUCGUUUAGUGAAUAACCCUACUGCUAGAAAGAAAUUCAUUGCUCAAGCUAUCCAAUUCCUAGAAAAAUACAAUUUCGAUGGACUUGACUUGGAUUGGGAAUAUCCCGUUUGCUGGCAAGUUAAUUGUAAAAAAGGUCCGUCAUCAGACAAACAAGGUUUUGCAGAUUUACUUAAAGAGCUAAGCAGCGAAUUGAAGCUCAGAGGAUUAUUACUCAGUUCCGCAGUUUCACCCAGCAAGCAAGUAAUCGACAAGGGCUAUGACGUCCCAGCCUUAGCCAAAUAUUUGGAUUGGAUUGCAGUAAUGACUUACGAUUUUCACGGCCAAUGGGACAAGAAAACUGGUCACGUAGCACCCCUGUAUUAUCACACUGAUGAUACCUACUACUACUUCAACGCAAACUAUUCUAUCAAUUAUUGGAUCGCCAAGGGUGCUCCCCGUAGAAACAUCGUUAUGGGUAUGCCAAUGUAUGGACAGUCGUUCUCCAUAAACGAUCUCAGCAAAGGUACAGGAUUAAAUGUUCCAGCUAGUGCUGGACAGGCAGGAGAAUUUACUCGAGCUGCUGGUUUCUUAUCCUAUUACGAGAUUUGCGACAGGAUACGAAACCGUGGAUGGAACGUCGUUCAAGAUACGAAACAUAGAAUGGGUCCUUAUGCGUAUAAGGGCACGCAAUGGGUUAGCUUUGAUGAUGCUGAGAUGAUUCGACAAAAAGCUCAAUAUAUUAGAGAUAUGGGUCUUGGUGGUGGAAUGAUAUGGGCUUUAGACCUCGAUGACUUUCGAGGACGCUGCGGCGAGGGAUCUCAUCCCCUGAUGCACACUCUUCAGGAAGUACUAGCUAAACCUUCGAAUCAAAACGAAGAAUCUGAAAAACCGCAAAUUACCGAGGAAGAUUUAGAUCAAGGUCCAAUGGUACCGACAAUAGCACCCACCACUGUUGAAACCCCUAUACCGUCAUCAACCACAAAAGAUCAAAUACCUGAAGAUGAGUUUAAAGUGAUUUGUUAUUUUACAAAUUGGGCUUGGUAUCGUCAAGAAGGAGGGAAGUUUUUGCCAGAAGAUGUGGACACUGAUUUAUGUACUCACGUUCUAUACGCAUUCGCGAUACUCGACGGUUCGCAGCUAACAAUCAAAUCUCACGACCCAUGGGCUGAUAUAGAUAACAAGUUUUAUGAAAAGAUAGCUGCUUUAAAGACAAAAGGUCUAAAAGUAUUAAUGGGUCUUGGAGGAUGGAACGAUUCAGCAGGUGAUAAAUACAGUCGCUUGGUGAAUUCGCCGUCUGCUCGAAAAAGGUUUAUCGAAAAUGUGAUUCAAUUUAUCGAAAAAUACGAAUUCGAAGGUUUGGAUUUGGAUUGGGAAUACCCAGUAUGCUGGCAGGUCAAUUGUAAAAAAGGUCCAGCUUCGGAUAAAGAAGGCUUUGCCAGCUUAGUAAAGGAGUUGAGUGAACAAUUCAAACCAAGAGGUUUGCUGUUAUCAGCCGCAGUUUCCCCAAGCAAACGUGUAAUUGACACAGGCUAUGAUGUACCAACCUUGACAAAAUACUUAGAUUGGAUAUCGGUGAUGACUUACGAUUAUCAUGGUCAAUGGGACAAGAAAACUGGUCACGUAGCACCCCUAUAUCAUUUACAAAGUGAUUGGGAGCCGACCUUUAAUGUGAACUUCUCGAUCCACUAUUGGUUAGAGAAGGGUACUCCAGCAAAGAAGCUUAUAAUGGGUGCACCUCUGUAUGGUCAAUCUUUCUCUUUGGCAGAAAGAAGUCAAAGAGGAUUAAAUGCACCAACUUAUGGUGGUGGUGAAGCUGGAGAAGCAACAAGAGCCAGAGGUUUCUUAUCUUACUAUGAAAUUUGCGAAAGAACCAUGAAGAAGGGUUGGACCGUCAUUCAAGACAAAGAACGUCGUAUCGGGCCAUAUGCGUUCAAAGGCGACCAAUGGGUCAGUUUUGACGAUGCUAGACAAAUUAAAUUGAAGGCAGAAUUGAUAAAAGAUCUAAAUUUGGGUGGUGGUAUGAUAUGGGCUCUAGAUUUAGACGAUUUUGAAAACAGAUGCGGUUGUGAACCUAGCCCACUUUUAAGAACCAUGAAUAGAGUUUUAAGAAAUUAUCCCAAUGGUCCAUUGUGUCCAGUAACAAACGAAUUUAUAAUCACUGAUGUUGAUGAAUCCACCAUAACAUCUACAACUACUGAACAACCAAGUUGGGAAGGUACAUCUUCUAGACCGACAUAUUUACCACCGACGUCUACAACUAUUGAUUCAAGCAUGGACGUUGAUGACACCAUUGAAAUAGAAGUUGAGUCACCAUUAGCAGACACACCAGGAAAUUGCGGCAAUCGUGUAUUUGUUCCCCACAAAAGGGAUUGUUCUAAAUAUUUCUUAUGCAACUUUGGAAAACUUACCGAACACUCAUGCCCGCCUGGUUUAUAUUGGAAUGAGAACCGUUGCGACUGGCCAGAAAAUACCAAAUGCAAGGAUUCUCAACGGCAGUCAAAUGAGUUACUGCCUUUAAUCUCCAGCCCGGAAACGGAUAAGAAAAAAGUGAUUUGUUAUGUGAUGAAGUGGGCAGAAAAACGAUCAGGAGUAGGACAGUUCCUACCAGAAGACAUCGACCCGAAUUUGUGUACCCAUGUGGUUUACGGUCUUGCGACGCUGGAUCCGCAACGACUAACCAUACGAAAUCCACAGGAUACCAGACAAAAAGAAUUCUUUAGUAAAAUAGCGAAUAUUAAGCAGAAAACCGGCUUAAAGGUUUUGCUUGGUUUGGGUGGAUGGAAGGAAUCCAAAGAUAGCAAGUACAGCAAAAUGGCCAACAAUUCGCUGGAACGACAAAAAUUUGCGCGCCACGCAUCUUUUUUCAUUCAAAAUCAUGGAUACGAUGGUCUUGAUCUUCUAUGGGAAUACCCAGUAUGCUGGCAAGUUGAUUGUAACCGUGGACCGUCUAGUGACAAGGAAGCUUUUGCAGCUUUACUAAAGGAAUUGAGCAUAAACUUCAAACCUAAAGGAUUGCUCCUUUCUGCUGCGGUUUCUGCUAGUAAAGAAGUUAUCGACGUAGCUUAUGACAUCCCGGCAUUGGUCAAAUAUCUCGAUUGGAUCGAUGUUAUGAGCUACGACUAUCACGGCACUUGGGAUGGCAAAACUGGUCACAUAGCUCCACUUUAUCACAAUCUGGAUGAACAUACCAAAUAUUUGAACGUGAAUUUCUCGAUUACCUAUUGGCUUAAACAAGGUAUACCGUCGAAUAAGCUGAUAAUGGGCAUAGCAACAUACGGACAAAGUUACACAUUAUCGAAAAACUCAGAAAUGAAAGGAACACUAGGUUUCAACGUGGAAAUUUCUGAAGCUGGACAACCAGGAGACUUUACCAAAUCGCCCGGCAUGCUUGCUUACUAUGAGAUAUGCAACAACGUAAAAAACAGAGAUUGGUCUGCAGUUAAGGAUCCAAAGAAUUUAGUAGGACCGUACGCCACCAGGGGUGAUCAGUGGGUCAGUUACGAAGAUGUAUCCAGUAUAACGCAAAAGACGAAAUUCAUAAAAGAUUUAAAUCUUGGCGGUGCUCUGGUCUGGUCUUUGGAUCUAGAUGACUUCAAAAAUCAAUGUGGCUGUGGGAAAUAUCCUUUAGUAACGGCAAUUAGUAAAGAACUUAGGGGAGAACAGGACUCCAGGAUGGAUUGUACUUGA